AUGGCUGCUCGUCCUUCCAACAUCGGUAUCAAAGCCAUUGAGCUUUACUUCCCCAGCCAGUGCGUUGACCAGGCUGAACUCGAGAAGUUCGAUGGCGUCUCUCAAGGCAAAUACACCAUUGGUCUCGGCCAGACCAAGAUGUCCUUCUGCGACGACCGUGAGGACAUCUACUCCCUCGCCCUGACCACCGUCACCUCGCUGUUCAAGAAGUACAACGUCGACCCCAAGAGCAUUGGCCGUCUCGAAGUCGGUACCGAGACUCUGCUCGACAAGUCCAAGUCCGUCAAGUCUGUGCUCAUGCAGCUUUUCGAGGAAUCUGGCAACUACAACAUUGAGGGUGUUGACACCGUCAAUGCAUGCUACGGUGGAACCAACGCUCUCUUCAACUCCGUAAACUGGAUGGAGUCAUCGGCCUGGGACGGCCGUGAUGCCGUUGUCGUUGCUGGAGACAUUGCGCUGUACAAGAAGGGCAACGCCCGCCCGACUGGUGGCGCUGGAUGUGUUGCCAUGCUCAUUGGUCCCAACGCGCCCAUUGUCAUGGAUGCUGGCCAGCGUGGCUCUUACAUCAGGCACGCAUACGACUUCUACAAGCCCGACUUCACCAGCGAGUACCCCGUCGUCGACGGCCACUUCUCCGUUCGCUGCUACACCGAGGCUGUCGACGCCUGCUACAAGGCCUACAACGAGCGCGAGAAGACUCUCAAGUCGCAACAAAACGGAAACGGUGUCAACGGCAGCCAGGAGCUCGAGACGGCUCUCGACCGCUUCGACUACAUGGCUUUCCACGCCCCCACCUGCAAGCUUGUAGCCAAGUCGUACGCGCGUCUGCUCUACAACGACUUCCUUGCCAACCCUUCCAACCCCAUCUUCGCCGAGGUUCCCGCUGAGCUCCGCGACCUCGACUACGCCACCUCUGUCUCUGACAAGACUGUAGAGAAGGUCUUCAUGGGUCUCGCUAAGAAGCGCUACGCGUCUCGCGUCCAGCCCAGCAUCCAAGUCCCCACCCAGUGCGGUAACAUGUACUGUGGUAGUGUCUACGGUAGCUUGUGCAGCUUGCUCGCCAACAUCAGCAGCCAGGACCUCGAGGGCAAGCGCAUCGGCAUGUUCAGCUACGGAAGUGGUCUGGCCUCCUCCUUGUUCUCCUUCACCGUCAAGGGCAGCACCGAGAACAUUGCCAAGCAGCUUGACAUCCAGAACCGCCUCGAGAAGAGGCGUGUAGUCGCCCCUGAGGUCUACGAUGAGAUGUGCAACCUCCGUGAGCAGGCUCACCUCCAGAAGGACUUCACUCCCAAGGGAAGCGUUGACACCAUUGUUCCCGGCACCUACUACCUUACCGGCAUCGACAGCAUGUUCCGCCGCUCCUACGAGGUCAAGCAUCGCGCAUUUCAAUCAGCGUAUAUCAUCAUAUUCACUUUCAUCAUGGGCAAAGAAUUGGGUCCUGGUGUCGGCUUUGAGUUUCCCUCGUAUGAGGUGAAAUGGCUCAAGCGCGACCUGCUGCUUUUUGCGAACAGCAUUGGCGCUACCUACCCAGAUGAGCUACACUUCCUCUACGAGCUCCAUCCCUCGUUUGCCGCCUUUCCGACUUAUCCUAUCAUCCUCCCUUUCAAGCACACGGACCAGGAGGUCAUUGACUUUUACGCGCGCAGCAAUGCAGAGCCUAUUGAAGGUGUUCCCAAGUUCGACACCAAGCACAUCCUCGAUGGCGAGCGCAAGAUCCAAGUCCUCAAACCACUUCCUGUAACAAGCGAUGGACGCAAGUUUGAGAUGAGGAGCAAGGUACUCGGUGUUUAUGACAAGGGCAAGGCUACCGUCGUGGAGACGGAACAACGCCUUGUUGAUGCUGAGAGUGGAGAGACCUACACCAGAGCUGUAGGCAGUGGCUUCUACGUUGGCCAGGGCGGUUGGGGUGGACCGAAGGGACCCAAACAGCCCAACUACCCUCCACCCACGCGUAACCCCGACCACACCCAUGUCCAUCAAACCACAAUGGAGACAGCACACCUGUACCGUCUGAAUGGCGACUACAACCCUCUCCACGCCGACCCUGAGCCAGGCAAGAAGAUGGGUUUCGGUGGCCCCAUUAUCCACGGUCUGUUUUCCUGGAACAUGUCUGCACAUGCCAUCUUGAAAGCAUUUGGUGGCUCGAGACCUGAAAACUUGAAGGAGUUCCAGGCGAGAUUUGCGGCACCUGUCAAGCCAGGAGACAAGCUGAUUACGGAUAUGUGGAGGACUGGUGAUAUAAAUGCUGAGGGGUUCGAGGAGAUUAGGUUCAUCGUAAAGGUUGAGGGAGUCUUGCUGGGCAUGAACUCUACUUCUCCUGUGUGCGAAAAGACGUUCAUUCUCCCUUCCCAUCGAGUAAUCGCCCGUGGUUCAGUACAGCGAUCAGCACGCAGGUACAACUCCUCUGCCAAUCGCGCAUCUUCGCAACCAAUCAUCGCAAUGCUCUUUACCCUCCCAUCCGCCCUUCUCCCAACGCUUCUCCUCCUCUCCAACCCAUCAACCGCCUACAAACCCCUAUCAGAUGCCUUCCUCCGCGCAAUCCCCUCCCCAGACGCUGCGAUUGACUACAAGGACGGUCCUCUUCUCGCUCCUCUCCUCAUCCCCCGCGUUCCCGGCACCCCAGGCCAAAUCCUCGCCCAGCAACAUUUAGUCUCGUACUUCCAAACCGAAUUACCAGCCUGGAAUAUAUCCUGGCAAAACAGCACAUCCACAACUCCGACAUCGCGGGGUACAGAGCUGCCUUUUGCAAAUCUAGUCGUAAAACGCGAACCACCAUGGGUCAGCAAAGGACAAGCCAACCUCCUCACGUUGGUUGCGCACUACGAUAGUAAACUGCAACCUAGCGGCUUUAUCGGUGCGACAGAUAGUGCGGCGCCAUGCGCCAUGUUGAUGCACAUAGCCAAAGUGAUUGAUCCGUACAUCCAGCGCAUGUACGAUGAGAUGUCUGCGUUACAGGAGGGUGGUACGGUGGAUAUGGACAUGGGGAUUCAGAUUUUAUUUCUGGACGGUGAAGAGGCGUUUGAGAACUGGAGUGAUACUGAUUCGUUGUAUGGAUCGAGAUCCUUAGCACAAGAAUGGGCCUCCACAUCCAAUCCCCCUUCUGCAGCCUCGAAAUUCUACCAAAACCGCACUCCACUAUCUCAAAUCUCGCUGUUCAUGCUCCUCGAUCUCCUGGGUAGCGCUUCACCCACGGUACCAUCCUACUUUCCCACAACGCACUGGGCGUACCGUCACCUCUCCACCAUAGAAUCACGACUCAGAGAUUUGAAACUCCUCGAAUCGCAGCCCAGCUCGCCUUUCCUGCCUGAUGUCAAUGGGACUAUGGGUAGUGGUGGUAUCUCUGAUGAUCAUUUGCCGUUUAUGAGCAAAGGUGUAGAGAUAUUGCAUGUUAUCCCAAGCCCCUUCCCCAGGGUGUGGCAUACCAUGGAGGAUGACGGGGAGCAUUUGGACGGAGAGACAGUCAGAGACUGGUGUAAGAUUGUCGGGGCAUUUGUAUUGGAGUGGUUGGAUAUGAUGGAGGUAUGGGAUGAGCCCGGCGAGGGAACAGAUCAGAGAAGGUGGCUAGGAUAG